UAUGUUGCAAACAGAUGAUGAAGGAAUAUUAGAGGAUAUUACUAGGUUGGAGGAGCUUUACCAAGGACAGAUAUCCAAGAAGAAAAGCUUGCUAGAUGGAAUAUUCAAAUCUGCCUUAGUGGAUAAAGAACUUCAAGAAAAGGAUUUUGAGCAACGUGCUUUAGAUAAACUCGUUGUGAUGGCUUAUGAGAAAUACAUGGCUUGUUGGGGUCCCAGUCCCUCUGGUGGGAAAAAUACAAGCAACAAAAUGGCCAAGCAAGCUGCAUUGGGAUUUGUCAAACGGACGUUGGAGCGAUGUCGUCAAUAUGAAGAUACUGGCAAGAGCUGCUUCAAUGAUCCUUCAUUCAAGGAUAUGUUCCUUUCUGAAUCCUCAAAACUAUAUGCUUCUUCCCUUUCUCUGGAAGCAAGAACAGCUUCCAUGGGUUCACAACAGAGUCCAUCACAGUUUAGUCAGAAUAUGGAUAAUCAUGAUCUAAAUUCAUCAGAUAUGCUUCCUGCUUUAAAUCAUUCAUCUGAAUUUUGUAGGAUUGAGUUAGGCUUAAUCCACUAUUCUAACAUUAUGAACAUAACAUACACUUUUCAUUUUCAUGAUGAUUUGUAA